AUUAUACCGGAAGCGGAAGUGUUUUCUGGUAUCGUUAAAGGAACGGUAUAAACAACAAUAACAACAACAACAAAAAGGUGUUUUGAAGCUCGGGAGCGGGUUGAGAGGGAAGAUGGAGGCUGAUGGAGGUUCUAGCAGCGGUGCUGUGGAGAGUAAAGCCGGGUUUGUGCUCGGGAAUGUGGCGGAAGUGGUGGAGAAGAUCCUGACUUUUGUGCCGACUAAAGCCGUGUUCCGGUUAGCGAGCGUUUGUCGGCUGUGGAGGAACUGCGCACGGCGAGUCCAGAGAACGCGACAGAAGACCACCUGGCUCUCGGCUUCUGGUUCGUCCCGAUAUGAAGAACACGUUCUGCUCAGAGCCAUGGAGGAAGGACUGGAGAAUGUCUUCCUGCUGCCCCAGAUGGUGUUGUUAAUGGUAGACAAUGAGAACUUUUCCGGACAUCACAGUUCUUUCAGACAUAAAAAAGCCAGGCGGUGUCUGCCGGAGGACGAGUCGGACGUCGUGGACAGGCUGCGACGCUUGCUGCCCGGCAACUGCGACGUUUUAUGCGUCGUCACUCCAGGAAUCGUGUUGACCCCCAGCGACCCGGCCUGUCGCGUCCCUCGGGAGUUCAUGGAGGGCGAAGCUGGUUUCAGUCUUCUGUUUCCUGCGAUGGAGGGGGUUCACAUCCGACCGUUCCACUUCUGCAAAAAGAGCCUCAGCAACAGCGCUUUAGAGAAAGCGGGCUUGGCUGGGAAUCCCGACCUGAAGGUGGUGCUGCUGUUCGGCUACGACGCCUACAAAACCGGAGCUGCACGCUUCCUUAACCAGCUGCUGAAACCUCUGGGGCGGAGCAACGUCCUCAUCGCCGGGGGUCACGUAGAGAGAGUGUUCCCGCAGCAGAGAGACUGCUGUUCUCCAGGUUCCUUCGGCGUGGUGGGUCUCACUCUGAGUGGUCCCAGGAUUCAGGGCGCCUCGGUGCUUCUGGAUCAGGAAGUGAGCACGCCAGCGGCGGCCGAAGUCACCAUCCGUCGCUUAAAAGCCGUCGGCAUUCCCGAGUCCAACGCCUUCGGCUUCAUGUUCGCCUGCGUGGCGCGCGGACACAACCACUACAACGGCCAGCACAACGUGGAAGCCGACGUCUUCCACAAACUCUUCCCCGGAAUUCCUCUGUUCGGAUUCUUCGGAAACGGCGAGAUCGGCUGCGACCGCAUCGUUAAAGAGAACUACACGCUGAGUCAGACGGAUGCUAACGGGCUGCAGCACGGCUACACCACCGUCAUGAGCCUGGUGCACUUGGGAUGACACACACACACACACACACACACACACACACACUCAGGACUUCACAUCGAUGUUUUUGCUGUAGCUUUCACCUUCUUUUCUUUCUGUAACUAAAAGACGUAAAUUCUCGUCUGUGGUGAGACUUUUUUUUUUCUUUUUUUUUUUUUCUCAUAACAUUUCAAACUUCAUCCUAAAUUUCGUCCACUUUUAAAACGUAAAGCUAUUCAAGAAAUCAUUUAACAACAGAACAACAAACAGAAAAAUCUGGAAAAAAAAUAUUCUUUGCUUUACUCAAGAAUUUUUUCCUCUUUCCAGUGAAAUGACUUGCAAUGAAAAUUCGCUUGUAUUGAACAGAGUUUUUUUUUUUUCUUCUAAAGGGAUUUUUUUUUUUUUCCUCUUGACUCAGUAUUGCGUUUAAAAAAAAUAACCAAAUCGUUCCGCUGUUGUUUAUUUGACGAAACUUAGAGGUGUGUCUGGGAUUUAGACCAAAAAAAAAUAUAAAAAUCCCAUUCCCUCUCAAUCCUGAAGAAUUUCUCAUAAAUCCUGCGCAGGUGGGAUUUUUAUUUCCUCCUGCAAUAUUUUCUAAUGAAUUUUAUUUUGUUUCUAAAAUAUAAACAGUUACAGAUCAGGAACCGGAUAAAAUGCGUUAGAAAAUAUCGCAGGUGGAAAUAAAAAUAAUACUGAACUAAAUAAACAACACAGUAAUACAUUGAUUAAAAUACUGUAAUAAAGUAGAAUUAUUUUUCUCGGCUCAGAGCUGCUUUCACUUCCUGUUUUCUCUCAGAAGACAAACUUUAAAUGUAAAAGGUUUUAAGCGUGUGUUUGGAAGCAUUAUUCGGAUUAGGAGUGAAUUAAUUCUGGAGCGAGCGUUUAUCACCAAACAGAACCGAUUAACAAACCUGAUCGCAGACGCAGACGUUCAUUUUUAUCGACUUAAUAACAAAAUAAAAAUAGGAUAUCAGUGUGAAAAUAAAGAGCUGAGGUCUUUACUUUACGCAAAUUUUCUUCUGGAUAUAAUAAUAAAUCUGAAAUAAAUCAGUUUUCCUGAAAUAAGACAAACUGAAAAUUUCCUUUUUAUUCUUUUUUUUUUUUUUUCUUGUUAAUGCUGUUAGACUGGAUAUGAUCUCAUGUGUAAACAUUCCUGAAAUCAGCAUGUUUAAGUGUAAAUAACGCGCAUAAUUCACAUCAUAAAGACGUUUCUGCUCAAUUCAUUUAAAUAAAUAAUCAGUGCAAUUUUAAUCAUUAAAAUUUUUUCUUUAAAAAAUGAA